AUGUCUCAAGUACCAACACCACUUUACCCGUCGCCUCCUACGACGCCUAGUCCGGGUCCUGCUGCUGAGGGGGAUGAGGAUGAGGAUCUGGAUGAGGGUGGGGAUGCGGAUGAGGGGGUGGAUGGGGAGAAUGAGGAGGAUGGGGAGAAUGGGGAGGAUGGGGAAAUGGGAAAAUGGUGGAAUGAGGGGGAUGUGAGAUGUGAAGUGUGA